CUCGUGUUUAAAUCGGAAGUGGAUGACGCGAGAGCACUGAAACAAUGUCACAAAGUGACUGAAUGAUACAAUUAAACAUGAAUCCGCGCUCUGAGACUGUAGCAGCGGAAUAAACCGACUGCAGGCGGGAGUUGACAUCAGUCACCGGUGAAUCCGCGCGUCGCGUGACAGAAGACGCUUUUCCGCAGGUCGAGCUGUGAAACACGAAACAGACUGAAGCGCGCGAGCAGGACGCGAAUCUCCAUCGACAGACGCAACAUUCGUGCUCGUUUUUAUUUCGGCUGUAUCGGAAUGUCUGCUGGGAUUCAGAGGAUGAAAUAUUGAACACGCAGCGCUGCAUCACCUCGACAAACCGCGUGGAUCAGGAUUCAUCUUUUGCAUAUCUGAUGCACACAUGGAUGUUCAUUUAUGAAAACACCCCCACAGCUGUUUAAAAAAUGAAGGAAGUGUGUCGCAUCUGUGCACGUGAGCUGUGCGGUAACCAGCGGCGAUGGAUAUUUCACCCGGCCAGCAAACUAAACCUGCAGGUGCUGCUGUCUCAUGCGCUCCGCUGCGACUUACAGCGGGACGGCCGCUGCGAAUUUGUCUGCAGCAAGUGCGUGUUUAUGCUGGACCGGAUGUACCGCUUCGACACGGUGAUCGCGCGCGUGGAGGCGCUGUCCAUCGAGCGUCUGCACAGACUCCUGCAGGAGAAAGAGCGGCUGCGACAGUGCAUCAGCGCACUUUAUCGCAAAAACAAUCCCCAUGCGAUGUCAGAGACAAGUGCGUCCUGCACGGUGGACUCGUCUGGCCUGCGUGAUGCUCAGUAUUGCGCACAACUGCAGGACGAUCUGAUGUACUGCAUGUACGAGUCGUGGGCAGAGGACGAGGAUCAGACGCUGGAGUUUCCCCACAAUCCUCAGUGUCACGCAUCAGAGGCAUCCUCGUCGUCUUGGUUCCACUCGCGCAGAUGUCGAGGCUGCAGCACAUUACGUGUUCUUGACUCCGACUAUGAGGCUGUUUGUAAGGUGCCCAGGAAGGUCGUGAGAAGCAUUUCCUGCGGCCCGUCCACACGUUAUUCGGCGAGCGGUGCAGGGAGCGUGUGCGGGGAGGAGCAGACCACCACCUCAGCCACACUGGUGCCAGAGAGAUGGCGAACGGUGUCAAGGUCGUCUGAUGGAAAUCGGACACUCCGAGACCACGAGAACUCAAGCGCCUCUGUGGAAUCUCUGGAGAAAACCCUCGACGUGUCGCCCAGCAAACUUCUCAAGAACGAUGAAGUGGACGGCAGCAGCUUGGACUCUGAGGAGCAUCUCGGAGCUUCAUCAAAACUGUCGCUGGCUCUGUCACUGCUGCAGAACUGUGUGUACAAGCCCGUUCAGAGUCGUCGAGGCAGUAAACUCCCUGUUCUCAUAAAGUGUGGCUUUUCCAAUGGAGGCAGUAAGUCGGACAGUCCAGAGCAGGUCCUGUUUGAUGGGGUGAACUGUACGCUCAUAGAGCCAGAACCUCCUGGAGUUCAGCUGGAUCUGGCACUGGAACUGACCCAACUUGAGGAGCUGUGGAGUGACGUUCAUGAGGAGUAUCUGCCCUUCUGUUUGAGGAAGGUUUCAAAGAGUCUGGUGGAGGAGCAGCAGUCGCAGAUGCAGCAGUAUGAAUGCGCAGCCGCUCAGUGCGUCAGUGAACUGCAGAAAGCGCAGCUGCAGGUGCAGACGCUGCAGAACAAGAUUCAUAAGAGUGAAGCCAGCAACCAGGAGCUGCAGGUGAAGGUGUGUGAGAUGGAAACGGAGCUUCGGUCCAUCAGACAAGCUGCUCAGAACCAAGAAAGAACCAUCCAGAACCUCACAGAUGACCUCAACACUAAACACACUGAGACACAGGAGUUGUAUCAUGUGAUUGAGGAUCAGAAUAGCACACUGCAUAAACUCAGAGAAAUGACACACAACCAGCCACAACACAUACAGGCUGCAGGUGUUGCUGUGGACUCGUCACUCAUGUCUUCGCAGAGUUCUCUGUUGUCGUGUCAGCUGGAGUUGGAAGCGAGUCGACGUGCUCACAGACUGACACAGAGACACAUGGAGGAUGUGACGCGCUCGCGAGACCGACUGCAGGACGACCUGAAUGACGCGCUGCAGCAGAGAGAGAACACACACAAACACAACCAGGAUCUGUGUAAGGCGCUUGAGCAGCUGCGGUCGGCGCUGCAGGUGAAAGUGUGUGAGCUGCGAGAUCAUGAGACGGACUCACGUGCAGAGAUCACAAACAGAGAUAAAACCAUCUCACAGCUGCAGCAGAGAUUGCAACACAAAGACACACUCAUACAGGAGUAUUCAGAACUGCUGGAGCCCCCGUCCAACUCGAGUGAACCCCGAGAGAGAGACGCAUUACUGGACACGCUGAGGAGUCGCAUUAAAGAUAGAGACAGAGCACUGGAGCGCUCGAUCGAUGAGAAGUUCUACUGUCUGGAGGAGAAAGACUCUGAGGUGCGUCAGCUGCAGUUGGUGCUCCGUGAAAAAGAGCGAGAUCUCGAGAGACUGCGCUGCAUCCUCAACAACAAUGAGGAGACCAUCACGAGUUUGGAUGCUGUGGUGUCCAGUAAGCAGCUGGAUUUGGAGAGGAUGCAGGAAGCGUGUCGGAGACUCGAGUGUUUGAAAGAGCAGAGUGACGACAAACACGCACACGCUGUACGAGAGAGAGAUGACAUCAUUAACCAGCUACAGACAACUCUACACACACUCAACAAACAGACAGAGGAGUUGAGGUCAGUGUUGAUCGGUCAGGUGUCGUCCGCUGAUGUCUUGCAGCAGCUUCAGUCUCAUCUGUCUGUGAAAGAGCGUCUGUUUGAGGAAGUGAUGUCAGAGCGCAGCAGACAGACACAGGAGCACUACACACAGCUGAACCAACUGCUCGACACCAUCAGCGCCAGAGAUCAAUACACUCAGGAUUAUGGCGAGAGGUUGGGGCGAGUCAUAUCAGAGCGUUCGGGUCAGUUGCAGGAGUUGCGCCGGCAGCUGUCGUCACGGGAACAAGAACUGAAUGAAGUGAACAGGGAGAGAGAGAGAGACCGAGAGAGAGAGAGAGAGCUGCAGAAACUUCAGAGUCUGCUGAAAGAGAAAGACAAUUUCAUACAGGAGUUACUGCAGGGUCAGACUGAUGCCACGUUCACCUCCACACCAGCACUGAGUGUGUUUACAAACAGCUCAGGUGAUCCUGAGAUACAAGCCAUCAGAGAUGAACUACAGCUGACCCUCAUCAAACACAGAGAGACUGAGCGGGAGCUUUCAGAGUUGCGAUCUGCACUGUCUGCAGGAUGUGACGGCACCUCGAGCACAGAUCAGCAGUGUGUUCUGCAGCAGCUGGUGGUUGAGCAGCAGACACUGAAUGAAGCUCUGAGAUCUGAGAAGAAACUGUAUGAGAACCUCAGACACAUCAACAGUCAGACAGACGGUGUGGAGAAGACCCGCGCGUUACACACUGAACUGGACUCGAUUCAGGUGCUGCGCGAACAGCUCGAAGACGUCCUGACACGGACCCGAGAGAAGGCGCUGGCACUGGACCGGGCAGCGCUGGCACAGGUGGACUAUGGAGAGACCAGCACUAAUGAUGAUGAUGAUGAUGAUGAUGAUGAAGAUCAGGACAGCAGUGAAGAGUUCACAGACAGUAUAGAAGAUGAUGACACAAAACUUACAGCUCAGAGUCUCAUGAAUACACAGAACGUGGGGAUGAAGAGGGCCAUAUUGUCCCAGAAUGCAUCAGCGGGUGACGAGGUGGAGCAGAGAAUGAGAGAGACGAGUGAAGAGAAGAGACAACUGACCAGUGCUGGUUACUGCACACACUCUCACAUCAGGAACACUCUACCAAAUAUGUAUGAAGAAAGUGCAGCACUGAAUCAGAAUGAAACUGGAUUAGAAUCUAUAGGUGAAUUGGAAUCUGGAUUAAAAUCUGGAUUAAGUGCGGAUGAUAAGGUACCUGUGAGGUGUCGAGGGUUGGAGGAGAGUGAAACAGAUCGGCUGAACUGCAGUGAAACUUUGAGAUCUUGCCGUACGCUCCCACAGGAAGAGGAGGAGGAACAGGAUGAUGAUGAUGAUCGGGCUCCUCAGGUCAAGCGUCGCCCCCCUCCUGUGAAGAUCAGGGAGGGACAGUUGAAGAGACGUUGCACCAGACCGCAUUCCCUUGACCUCGGAGCAUUGCUGUCACACAAACCUGCAGCUAAUCACAACACACACAAUGUGCAGCUGGAGCACGAGGUGGAGAGAGACGGCUCGGGGUCGAGCACUGGACGAGGAGGUGGAGUCACUGGGUUCUGGCAGCAUGUGGAGGCAGGGCUUCGGGAGCAGGCAGAGGGUCUCCGUAGUGACCUCGCCAUGAGUCGUCAGGAGAGCCACGAGCUGCACGAGAGACUGAUGGUUUCUGAAGCUACCGUACACGCGCUGAAUGAACAACUAAAAGACUACAGAGAACUACUCACGGAGAGUGCCGUACAGCAUGACAGUAAACACGUGCAGGUGGAUCUACAGGAUUUGGGUUAUGAAACGAGCGGUCGCAGUGAGAAUGAAGCAGAGAGAGAUGAUAUCAGCAGCCCAGAGUUUGAGGAGUUGCAGACGUGCGUCUCUCCCUCGGGUUCGGGGAACAGACGCUGCGGUUGGCACGGCGACAGUGAUGGCACUCAGUUGGAUGAUGCUUCCUCACUGCAGCGUUUGGUGCAGGACCUGCGCGGGCAGCUCUCUCGCUCUCAUAAAGUGAUCCGUGGCCUGCAGCUGCGCGUCCGCUCGCUCUCUGCCACCUCUGACUACGGCUCCAGUCUGGAGCGCACGCCGCGUAAGGUGAACUGGGCGUUCCAGGUGUGUACGAGUCACUGUGGUUUGAAGGAGGAUGAAGGUUGGCAGUCUGACAGGCCGCUGAAGCCCAGCACAGAGCUGCAGGAGCUGGUGACCCGAGUGGCCCUUCUGGAGACCCAAAUCAAAAACAGACAGAGUGACCCAGAGAAGAGCAAGUGUGCCACCUGGCCCAGGAAGUACAACACGCUGAUUCAGGCGCAGGCGCGGGAGCUGUCACACCUGCGUCAGAAGAUGCGAGAGGGGCGUGGCAUCUGUCACAUCCUUACACGACACCUGAGUGACACAACCAAAGCCUUCGAAGAGCUGCUGCGUGCCAACGACAUCGAUUACUACAUGAGCCAAAGCUUCAGAGAACAGCUGUCACAGAAUAUAUCACUCGCCCAGAGAGUCACAGACAAGAUCAGUGGACGUGAGCAUUCCGUUCAGCAAGAUAAUAAAACCGAUCAUGAACUCCUGAGAUUGAGUCAAGAGCUCCAACAGAAAGAUCGAAUCAUCGAAUCUCUUCACAACAAACUACAACAGCGACCCGACACACCCUGCAGCAGCCACGCCCCCUCUGAGACCACAGACCAAUCAGAUCGCAACUCGUUUGUAUCUGAUGAGAGAGGCUCAACCAAUGAGGACGUGGAUCUGUGCUCAGACAUGGACGCAGCCAGUGAGUUCACACAGGAAGUGGCGGAGCCCACACCGAAAGACAGAGGUUUGUUUUCAGUACCCCUGAUCCAAACCCAGUACCCGUCUGGUCACUCAAAUUCCAUGACCUUUGACCCCAUGCUCUGUCCUGGUCCUGACCCCAGGAUACAGAAUCUCCCAGAACAGCAUCCUCCGAACGGUCACAGGCCACCAAUGAGAACUUUGAGCGCUCCACACUCGCUCUCCAGCUAUCAGCUCAGCGCACACACGCCCCACUCCUUCAGUUACCCGCCAGUGUCCCAUCAUGCACCGGGACACAGACGACAGACAGACACAAGCCUGCUGGACAGCACUGCAUUGUGGGACAUGGAGAACAUGAUUCAGCCAAUCAGUGGAUUAGAUGAAUCGUCGUACUACCAGGUCCAGUCUGGAAACAGCCAAUCAGGUGUGGACGUGAUCGAGGAGCACCUGAGAGAGAUCCGAUCUCUCCGUCAGCGUCUGGAAGAUUCUAUCAGAACCAAUGAGAGACUGAGACAACAGUUAGAGAGACGUGUGGUCACAGCGGGGAGAGAGACAGUGGCUCCUACAAACAUCUUCAUCCAGAGUCAUGACACAGUCAGUCAACUGACCAAUGAAAUCAGAGCGUUAAAAGAAGAAAAUCUGACACUCCAGUCCAGGUUACAUGCCAGCAGAGAGAACAGUGAGGAGGCGGAGCAGCUGCGGGAGGCGGUGCUUUCUGGGCAUGUCCGUCUGAAGCAGGCGGAGUUAGAGGCAGGGCAAUGGAAGGAGGAGUUACUGAGGCUGCAGACACAUAACUGUGAGCAAAGUCAACAAAUUCAACAACUGCGACAGGACAGACAAAACAGCCAGGAGCACAACAACAGACUGCAGCAUGAGGUGAGUUUACUACAGCAGCAGUUAUCAGAGAGUCGACAACUACUGCACUCACUACAGUGUGAACUACAACUGUACGAUGGAGUGUGUGGAGGAAGAAAGAGCGCCCCAGCAGGAUACGUGUGUGAGGUGCAGUACCCGUCAGUGGAGUUGGGGGCACUUUUGCUGGAGGUUCGUGCUCUAAAGGCUCAGCUGGAGCGCAGUGUGCAGGAGAACGGCGCCCUCCGUCUUCAGCUGCAGAAACAGCUCGAGUUGUCCGGCGGGCAGCGGCCGUCUCCCCUCAUACCUGCCAGCCCGCUGCGUGAUGCGCUUUGCCGCCGCCAGCUGCUCCACGACCCCUCACCCUCUCCUCCCGUGAGAGACGUGGGUCCGUUUUCUGCAGGACCGCCUUACUCGCCGUACUCCGAGCUGGAGGAGAACACGCUGAAUGCUAACGACUCACUCGAGCCUCAUACAGAUCUAGAAGGAGAAGCUCCGGAUGGCUCAUUCGCUCAUCGUAAUGGCCGUCAUGUGAUCGGUCACGUGGACGACUACAGUGCGCUUCAGCAGCAGGUCUUAGAAGGCCGAGGGCUCCUGCAGCACAUGGAGGCUGCGCUGCAGUCCUGCCUCAAUAGUGCCCUACUGGAUGUCAGCACUGGGAAUGCUAGGAAGGGUCUGGAUUAUAGCACGGUGAAGACGCUGCUCUCCGACACAAAGACUUUACGACAGAUUCUGGAGGAGGCCAUAUCCCUGCUCAAGAUGUUCUGGCGGGCAGCUCUACCGAGCAGCGACGGCCCCGCCCACCUCAUCCAGAGGGAGCAGUCCAUGCGGGAAGAGAUACAGUCACUGCGUCUGCGUAUCACCGAGCAGGAGGAAGUUCUGCAGGGAACCAUCCAACGUCUGCGCAGCUCUAACCGCACCAAAGAGAACAUGGAGACCUUCAUCGUCAACCAGCUGUCCAGGACUCGAGAUGUGCUGAGAAAAGCUCGAGCAAAUCUAGAGAAGAAUGAGCUCAGGAUUUCCUCUCUUAGCUCCUCCUCUUCCUCCCUUUGCCAUGGUAAAGUCCUCAAAGGUGUAUCCGCAGGGUCUUCUGAUUGGGGUCGUGUGACCCCUACGUGUGCUGACAUCACCAUGGAAACAGUCGGUCUUCAGUCCACUAAGAAGCAAGGCAGGGAGUGCCUUAAACCAACUGUCUGCCGUUAAACCAGCCAACACCUCUAACUAACCUGCCUUACCCGCCUCUGUCUUCAUUUCUUCUCUUUAACCAGAAGCUUUUUCCCACUCUUUUAUCCUCUUUCCUUGUCCCUUUUAAUCUUUUAUUCCCUUUUUCAUUUAUUUACCUCUUUCCUUUACCCUUUUUAUCUUUCCUUUUUCCUUUCCCACUAGAAACAAAGAACAUGUUCUUGCCUUCAGAAAUUACUAUAUUGUGCAUCCUGGUUGCCAUUGAAUGUGUUAAUGCCAUGUUAAAGUAGAGACUGUUAAAAGUCUAGAUGCCUGCUGGUUGAGUGUUUGUGAGAAGAGACUUACAGAAAAGUAUUUAUGACAUAUUUACAGUCCAAUGUCUAUAAUUCCCUCUGCUGCUGUGACAGAGAUGAACUGGAAACAGACUGCUGCAGAAUUCCCUUGAGUAUGUCAGGGAUUUUUGGUGAAAACAGCCACACAGCUGGUUAUAUGAGAGCAGCACUGUAACCUCUGAGUGCUGACUGCAGCUGCCCGUCUUCAAAUGCAGAGAAAACUAUAGUAGCAGCAUGUGCAAUAACUUCAUGUGAGUUUUCACAGAAUGUUGUUUUGCCCUAAGUAUGGGUAAUAUUCACACUAUUAUUAUUAUUGUCAUCCUUCUCCAGUACUACUGACUGAAGUGGAAUGUUGUAUUUAGUAUUUGCAUGGGAGGUUUAUUAAACGCAAACUAGCACCUGUGUUUGUGAAGUUCACCAAAACGUGCCAAAGUUUAGACGGUUAAUUUCCCUCAUUUUGCUUUAACUCUCCCAUUGAGAGAGGUGUUGAUGUGGACACCUGUAUGUAAACUGCUCUCAAUAAACCCUCAGUAACAAUUCUGUUAUUCAAUACAUAUGAGCUUCCAGGUGUCUUGGCAAUAGUUUAUGCCAGAGAUAACCAUUAAAUGGUGGAUGACUUUAAAGACAAAAAACUAACUGGUGAGUGAAUAAAUGCAUUGGUUAAGAGGGCACACUAUAGAAAGCUGUUGAAAACUGAAUAUAAAAUAAACUGGCAUUGGUUUUUGUUCGGCUGUUCCUGUGUGAAUAUAACCAAUGACCGUGUUUUCCACAUUUCUACAGAUGACAAACUUUGGCAGGGGAUUGGUGGGACCAGAGCUGCUGAUGUCACAAUCACGUAGCCAAUCACAAUCAGAGGUGUUCAUUCGCUGCUCUCUUAGAUUCGCGCUGUCAUUUUGCAUCGUACAGAGGUGUACAUAAUGUUACUUGCUGUUGUAUUCAUUUUUAGGUGUGGUUCAGUAUUCUGAUUUGCUUUGUAUGCAAACUUAUGGGUAGCUGUGCAAUAAUUGAUCAUGUUGUGAGACAUUAUGUAUGAGUUUACAUGUUGCAUAUGCUGCUCAGUUGAGUGUGUUCAUUGCAUCAACGUAGAAGUUGCCUAAAAUAUUAUAGAGUUGCCUUGCCUCAGAUUUCUUUGCUUAGGCUGGAAACAGAGCUUGUAAUCUACACUGUACGUGAAUGUUGCUUUGCCUUUAAGGUGAUGAAUUCUCUUGAGAGAAGGAAAUGCAAUAUAAAUUUUAGGCCCUGUGUGCGCUUCACUAUAUUUGGAUCUCAUAUCAUUUUAUUCAGAACCCCCAAAAUAACAAAUAUCCCAAAUGAUUUAAAAAGUAACAAAUGGUCUGAAAAGAUGCAGGAAAUGUUUUGGAGAAAAUACCAAAGCUAAGUCAGUAAAACAAUAGAGAAAAGAGUGUCUUGUUGGUUCUGAAAUCUGUAUAAUAUGUAAAUAUAUUUGCUUAAAGACUCAUUUGUUGCCAUAGUUACUGAUGUGCUUGUGUGAAAUAAUAAAAGGUUGCCGACACAAGAGCCAAUCAAACUCUGUGUCUGAAGCUGAUGACUA